AUGAAAUCUUUCCUUAUAAACACGUGCCUAGGCGAAAAAGUAGGUUCUAAACCUCAAGCAAGCGCAAAACGCUCAAUACUUGAACUGUAUGACAGUUCCGAAGAUGAAUUGAACCAGGAAGCGCCGAAGAAAAAACAUUUGCCCGUUGUACUUCAAUAUCCUAAUUAUACCAUCAUUGCUUAUGUUAACAGGUUCUUUACACGCUCUGAUAUUCAUGUAAAGCGUCCAGCCAUCAUGUAUUCAUUCAUUCAUGUAAAGCGUCUAGCCAUCAAGGAUGCAGUUGGUGAUAGAGAUAAAACGAGCAGAGGGAUUGUCUGCAAAAUCCGUUCAGCAGAUAAAGAUUGGGUUAUGGAGAUCUCUGAUAUUUUCCAAGUUGGACCAGUUGAUGGUAAAUAUUUCAUUUUUGUGAAUGGCAAGUAUUUCAUCCGAAUCCUGAACAAUGGAAAUGUUAUCUACCAUCCUUGGACACAGACACCACAACUCACUGCAAGGAACUAUGUCCUUAAGGGACAGUGUUCAGCCAAAAUGUAG